UUUCCUUUUUCUUUUUCUUUUCUGAUUGAAUUUUUUCUUUUUUCUACUCUAUUUCUAAAUUGCACUUUUAUUUCUUUUAUUGACAUUAUCUCAUACGCACUUUUUUCAUCGCAUACUUUUUCUUUUUUUGUUUUUUUUGUUCAUUUGUUCUUACGUCUAUCAUUUAUCUUUUUACUCUUUAAAAAGUAUACAACUACCCAAACCCAACCCAACUUUUAUUUUUAUAACUGAUGCCUUCCGCUAAUGGUUCGCCUGCUGCCUCUGCUGCCCCACCUCAACAAAUCCCACUAACCUGUUCCGGACACACGCGUCCCGUAGUUCAACUGAGUUUUUCGAACUUUAUCAAUGGAACAAAAAAUUACAUGCUUAUCAGCGCCUGCAAGGACGGGAAGCCUAUUCUGCGAGAUGGCUCGACCGGUGACUGGCUCGGUACCUUUUUGGGUCAUAAGGGGGCGGUUUGGAGCGCUGUGUUGAAUACUGAUACUACGAAAGCUGUUACUGCUUCGGCAGACUACACUGCCAAGGUCUGGGACGCCAUCAACGGAACCGAGCUGAUCUCACUCCCGCACGAGCACAUUGUGAAAAGCGCCGAUUUCAUCAACGACGAAGCAACAACGAUCCUCACAGGUGGGCGAGACAAAAGCAUCCGACUUUUCGAUCUCAACCACCCGCAGCAACCAACCUUGGUAUCCACGCGCAGCUCCUCAAUUCGGAAUAUCAAAUGGUCCAAGCUACAGCAACUCGCUAUAGUCGCGACAGACGAUAGGGAAAUAACCAUCCAUGAUCUGCGCUCACCCUCGCCCGCGCAUCAACUGCAGUUGAGCGCACCGAUUACUAAUAUAUCGCUCACCCAUGACCAUUCACUCUUGUCCUGCGCCGCGGGAAAAUCCAUUGUUGCUUGGGAUACGAAGGGUUGGCGGGUGGCGAUGGAUGUAAAGGUGGAUUUUGACGUUUCGGUGGCUGCUGUUAAUCCCCAGAGAUCCAGGGUGGUAUGUGGAGGCAGGGAGGAUUUGCUAAUUAGGUGUUUGGAGUUUGAAAGCGGGAAGGAAGUAGAGGUUUAUAAGGGUCAUCAUGGAAUGGUGCAUGAUGCUUGUUUUAGCCCGGAUGGUGAGGUUUAUGCUACGGGUUCGGAGGAUGGAACUGUUAGGUUGUGGCAGAGUUUGCCUGGAGUUCCGUAUGGUUUGUGGCAGAGGAAGCAGGAUAAUUCAUUGUGCUUGUCUGCUUGAAAAAUGAUAAAACAUUUUAAUUAGUUUCCUUUUUUUUGUUAUGUUUUUGAUUAAUGGAUUCUACUUGAAUAUAGUU